CUUGCACUAAAUUUGAGUCAGCACCAAUGACAGCGCUGCAGUCCUCUGUGGACUGAUCAGGUGGCUGCAGAGCUCAGGCUCACAGCCGCACAACGCAGCUGAGCGGGCAAGCACAGCCCACAGCCAGAAGCGGCUCCCACUCUCCAGAGCAAGGCGACCUUUAAAGCUUAAGUUUCCCGGAGAAAAUGAGAUGCUGCUGCUGAAGACGACACUAUGGCUUUGAUGGAAUAUCAGAUAUUGAAAAUGUCUCCCAGCUUGUUCAUCCUUCUGUUUCUGACACCUGGUAUUUUAUGCAUUUGUCCUCUCCAAUGUAUAUGCACAGAGAGGCACAGGCAUGUGGACUGUUCAGGCAGAAACUUGACUACAUUACCAUCUGGACUGCAAGAGAAUAUUAUCCAUUUAAAUCUGUCUUAUAACCAUUUUACCGAUCUUCAUAACCAGUUAACCCAAUACACCAAUCUGAGGACCCUGGAUAUUUCAAACAACAGGCUCGAAAGCCUGCCUGCUCAGUUACCUCGGUCCCUCUGGAACAUGUCUGCUGCUAACAACAACAUUAAACUGCUUGACAAAUCUGAUACUGCUUAUCAGUGGAACCUUAAAUAUCUGGAUGUUUCUAAGAAUAUGCUGGAAAAGGUUGUUCUCAUUAAAAACACACUGAGAAGUCUUGAGGUUCUCAACCUCAGUAGUAACAAACUGUGGACAGUUCCAACCAACAUGCCCUCCAAACUACAUAUCGUGGACCUGUCUAACAAUUCCUUGACACAAAUCCUUCCAGGAACAUUAAUAAACCUGACAAAUCUCACACAUCUUUACCUGCACAAUAAUAAGUUCACAUUCAUUCCAGAUCAAGCUUUUGACCAACUCUUUCAGUUGCAGGAGAUAACCCUUCACAAUAACAGGUGGUCAUGUGACCACAAACAAAACAUCACUUACUUAUUGAAGUGGGUGAUGGAAACAAAAGCCCAUGUGAUAGGGACUCCCUGUUCUAGCCAAAUAUCAUCUUUGAAGGAACAUAGCAUAUAUCCCACACCUUCUGGAUUUACCUCAAGCUUGUUCACCCUAAGUGGGAUGCAGACAGUGGACACCAUUAACUCUCUGAGUAUGGUAACUCAGUCCAAAGUGACCAAAACCCCCAAACAAUACCGAACGAAGGAAACAACGUUUGGUGCCACUCUAAGCAAAGACACCACCUUUGCUAGCACCGACAAGGCUUUUGUGCCCUACCCCGAAGACACAUCCUUAGAAACCAUCAAUUCACACGAAGCAGCAGCUGCAACUCUAACUAUUCAUCUCCAAGAUGGAAUCGUUACAAACACAAGCCUCACGAGCUCAACAAAAUCGUCCCCAACACCCAUGACCCUAAGUAUUACUAGUGGCAUGCCAAGUAAUUUCUCUGAAAUGCCUCAACAAAGCACAACCCUUAACUUCCGAAGGGAAGAGACAACCACAAAUGUAAAGACUCGCUUACCUUCUGCGGCAAGUGCUUGGAAAGUCAACGCUUCAUUUCUCUUGAUGCUCAAUGCUGUGGUCAUGCUGGCUGGCUGAGGGGCCGCAGCGUUUGAAGCCAAUGAAAGAGCUCCCCCCUGAUGUACAGUUGGGAAAAUAUGCCCCUAUCUAACCAGUGAUUCAAGCUACAUAAGUAUUCGAGAAAGCCAGUCUCACAUUUCUGACUCUGAUGUACACGAAGUAACUUGUCUUAAAGAAAAGAAGUGCACAAUGUCUCGGUAUUCGCUGCUAUUUUACUGUCUUAAGUAACACGACUCAGUUUCUUUCUUUUUAAUGAAAUGGUUUCUUUUUGAGGCUUCAAUUUACUGCACAAAAUGUAAAGCAUCUAAACUUUAAUAUGUAUUUUAUGUAUGUUUACACUGUCAAACAUCUGGGAAAAAAAAAUAAAAGGUCUAUGCUCAUAA